UUCUGUUUGUCUUCUUUCAGGUUCCACAGAUGAUUAUAGAUGAUUGGAUUAGGAAGGGCAAUGGUGCUAACUGCAAUAUCCUAGUCACUCAACCACGGCGCAUAUCUGCAAUAUCUCUUGCUAAACGUGUUGCAAAGGAAAGAAGAGAAAAGAUAGGUGAGAGUGUAGGAUUUCACGUCCGCUUGCACUACCAGCGACUUCAAGAACAGGGAGGUGUCAUGUUCUGCACAACAGGUAUGCUUCUUCAAGGUCUACACUCCAAUCCAACUCUUAAGGGAGUGUCACAUGUGAUAGUGGAUGAAGUUCAUGAACGCUCAGUACAGACAGAUUUGCUUCUUAUAAUACUGCGACGCUUGUUAAGGAGCUCAGAUAAUCUACGUAUUAUCUUUAUGAGUGCCUCGCUGAGCACUUUACAGUUGCAGAAAUAUUUUGAGGCAGAAGAGGCAACAGUAAUUGAAGUUCCUGGAACACUGUAUCCUCUCACUCGCCACUAUCUCCCAUGUGCAUUAAAUGAACUUCAGAUCAGCUCAAGUCAUUACCAGCUGGAUUCACUGAUGGAGCCAGGUUCUCAACCCUUUAUCAACUAUGACCUGGUUGUUGAUGUGAUUAAAUCUAUACAGAACUCCAGGCCACCUGGUGCUAUUUUGUGCUUCUUACCUGGAUGGCAGGAUAUCCGGACAGUUCAGACACGACUAACAGAAGAUAAGAAAUUAGAAAGUAAGCUCUGGGUACUGCCCCUUCAUUCAAGGUUGUCCUCAAGUGACCAAGAGCAGAUUUUUGAAGAAGCACCAGAAGGUCGUCGCAAAGUUGUAUUGGCUACAAACUUGGCUGAGACCAGCCUGACAGUCCAAGAUGUUGUAUAUGUUGUGGACACAGGUUGCCACAAAGAGCAAAGAUAUGACCCAAAGAAAGAUUUAAGCAUAUUAGCCAACCACUGGAUCUCACGUGCUAAUAGCCAGCAGCGGGCUGGAAGGGCAGGACGAGUUCAGCCAGGAGAAGUGUUCCACCUCUACUCCUCGAAAGUACAUAAGAACAUGGGCCACUUUCCUGUCCCUGAGAUCAUGAGGAUCCCUCUUGAGCAUGUUAUUCUCCAGUGUAAGGCACAUUGUGGAGAUGAAAGUGCUCUAAGCUUUCUCUCAGAAGGAUUGAGUGUUCCAUCACGACGGCUUAUUUCCAAGGCAGUUUCCACUCUUGAGGACCUAGGAAUGUUGGAAGUCCUUGAUGGAGGAGCCACAGAGAAACUCACAGCACUUGGGCGUCGGGUUGUGCACUUCUCCACUCCUCCUCAUUUAUCAAAGGCACUUGUUUAUGCCUCUUUAUUCAAGUGUCUGAAUCCAGUCCUUAAAAUUAGUGCCAGUCUGACAGGUGGCCGAGACAUUUUCCUGAACAACAUUGAGAAUAGAUCAGAAACACGUGCUGUAAAAACGCAGAUGAAUAACACUAGUGACCUUUUAGCAAUAGCAGGUCUUUGCACAGCCUGGGAGGAGCUGGACCAUUAUAAAGAUAAAAUUGAUUUCUGCAAUGACAACAACCUCAACCAUCGAAGCAUCAUGUAUAACUUAGGCAUCUCACGAGUGUAUGCAGAUCACCUAUACGAUGGAUUUCUCCUGAAUAGGGAAGACAUCAGCUCUCCCUUUUCAUCUUGGAAUGCCUUUAGCAGUAACAACCAGCUGGUCUUGGGAGUCCUAUUAGCAGGUGUUGGCCGUAUUCUGCACCUCCGGAGAGGAGUGUUGUCUAAGGGGAUCUUCCGCGGUGAUUCAUUUGUCAUCAAGACUUUAGAUAAUAAGCAGGUGCACACUGCAAGUGACUGUGUGCUUCAUCAACUUCCAAAGGACAAAGACAUAUCUUGCCACCUUCUGUGCAUCAAUCUCACUAGAGAUGAAGUUUCAAGAAGAACUAUUGCACGAGACCUGUCUCUGUUGCAGCCUCUAACAGUAGCGAUCUUCACUGAACAAAAGCUUGUUGCAGAGGAAUCAGAAGAUGGUUGGAAGAUUAGUAUUGAUGGAAAAGAUCAGCUGUCAUUCCACCUUGAUGAAAGAACAGCCAAGUUCAUUUUCCAGCUACGGAAUAUUAUGAAAGAGACAGUGAGCUACAUAAUUGAGACCAGAGGGUUGGACAAAGAAGUGCCACCUCCAAAUGAAAUUGAAAUCUUCUGUGAUAACCUUUUGAGUUUUAUUAACAGAUUGUUAGAAACCAGUGAAAACUAUAAUAAAUUCCAGAAGCUUGAAGAAAAAGAGGACUUAGGUUUCUAAAAUUGUUUCUGUAAUAUUCCUCCAAGAUGGAGGUAAAUAUUUCCAUAUGUAAUGUGUAUUAGUCCAUGUUGCAUAUGUGUAUAUAUAAAAGAAUGAUACUCAAGGCUUUUUUGUAAAUUGUUAAUGUUAUUUCAGAUGUUUAAGAUAUUUGUUUUUGAUAGUAUUUACCAGAAGAGCUGUGAUUAGAAUUUAAUAAUUAGAACAUUCUUUUGCAUUUUCACAUAUAAUUUAAGAAAUGAAAGUAAACAAUGUGUAGUUAUUUUUACCCAAGUUCCUACAUUUGAGUGAAAUGAGUUUACUUUUUUAUAUGUAUUUUUCUUAUAUACAUACUGUAAUAAUUGUACUGUACAUAAUACCAGUAAGCUGAUGCUUAUAAUAUUUUAAAAUAAAUUAUAAAGGUAACAUUA